CUCUGGGUAGUAGAAUCUGCCAAAUCUGGACAGAAGCCUGCGCCUGCGAGCAUCCGGAGCCAGCUCACUUCAAGGGUGAAUCCCAGCAUUUCUAUCUCAACUUGCCAUCAAGAGUGACUGGGCUGUUUGCAAGCCCUUGCAGAUUUGGGGCCACAUGCUACUGUGGACAGCUGUGUUAUUCCUGGAUCUGGUGACUGGCACACCUGAUCUCCCCAAGGCUGUGGUGAAACUUGAGCCUCCAUGGAUCCAGGUGCUCCAGGAAGACAACGUGACACUCACCUGCCAGGGGCCCCACAGCCCUGGGAACCACUCCACACAGUGGCUCCACAACGGGCAAGCCAUCUCAGCCCUGGUCCAGCCCAGCUACAACUUUCAGGCCAAGAAAAAUGACAGCGGGGAGUACAGGUGCCAGAUGAGCCAGACCAGCCCAAGUGACCCUGUGCAUCUGGAUGUGAUAGCCGAUUGGCUGCUGCUUCAGACCCCUCAACUGGUGUUCCAGGAGGGGGAUACCAUUGUGCUGAGGUGCCACAGCUGGAGGAACAAAUUGCUGAGCGGGAUCACAUUCUACCAGAAUGGAAUAUCCAAGAAAUUUUCCCAUUCCGUUAGCAACUUCUCCAUCCCCAAUGCCAAUCUUAAUCACAGUGGUGAUUACUACUGCAAAGGAAAUAUAGGAAGGGCAUCCCACUCAUCCAAGUCUGUGGCCAUCACUGUCCAAAGGCCUGAGUCAAGUGACUCUUCUUCGUUGAUGACAACUGUGGCUGUGGUCACUGCGAUUGUUGUAGUGGCCAUAGUUGUUGCCAUAGCAAUCUUGAACUACCUCAAGCGAAGGCAGAAAGCAGUUAUAUCAGGAAAUCCUGAGCACAGGCAAAUGGGAGAGAGCCUCCCUGAGGAACCAGUCGAUCCCAUUGAUUAUGAGGAAGCUGCCCAACCUCAGAGUGAGAAUACCAUCACCUAUUCACUCCUCAAGCACCCGGAAGCUCCAGAGGAAGGAACAGAGCCUGAUUAUGAGAACCGCAAUUAGUCUUUCUCUUUCUGUCUCUAAGAGAAUCACUCAGUUGAGGGUCAAAUACCUUCUGCCAUCAACUGUCCUGGGAGCUGUCAAGUGGAUGCUAUAGUUCCAAAGGAAAAGAACUUGCAGAGUUGCCUAUGGGAAUCCUGAAACCAAGAGACUCUAUAGUGUCUGACAGUUGAUUGUACAGAUCCCAUCAGCCUUUGCCUACAUUGCCAUCAAGGCUUUUUGGUUACAAACCCACACCACUAAUAAAACUAAUAAAAUCACCAUUAUUAAGAGGUUUUAGCAACAUGGGGAAUAUUUCUGUCACAAGUUACCUGAGAACCAUUAUUUAAGUAAAUAUUAUUGCAGAAACAAUAAAAUAUACUAGCAAUAAACCAACAUGGUCAAAGUGAUUAUGUCAG